CCAUAGUCGUCCACAUACACACGUGUGCGAGAACAUUUUCUUAGAUCUCUCGAUUAUCUAGAUUACAUUCUGAAUCAUGCGAAAAUUAAAGUAUCAUGAGCAGAAAUUACUUAAGAAGGUUGAUUUUAUAUCAUGGGAAGUAGACAACAAUUUACAUGAAGUUAAAAUUAUGCGACGAUACCAUAUUCAGAAGAGGGAAGAUUAUACAAAGUAUAACAAAUUAAGCCGUCAUGUGAGAACUCUUGCCAAUAAGAUUAAGCAGCUAGACAGCAAGGAUCCCUUCAGAAAUCAGUGCACUAGUCAGAUGUUAAAAAAGUUGUACAACAUGGGUAUCGUACCAACCAAACAGAAUCUAGCCCUCUGUGAUAAUGUGUCAGCAUCAUCAUUCUGUAGAAGACGGCUUCCUGUUGUCAUGGUGAAAAUAAAGAUGGCAGAGACAGUGGAGUCGGCAGUAAAGUUUGUUCAGCAUGGACAUAUUAGGGUUGGACCAGAAUUAGUUUUAGACCCAGCCUUCCUUGUUACCAGAUCGAUGGAAGAUUUUGUAACGUGGACAGAUACAUCAAAGAUCAAGAAACACAUUGUUGAAUACAAUGAGGAGAGGGAUGAUUUUGAUCUCAUGUGAAAGGACCUCAGAUGCUCAUGAAGAAAGCAGCUUGUUGCAGUAAUGAACAGUUAAGGAGGCCACAGCCUAUAUAGUGCUGAUGGAGACAUCUGGUCAUCCAAAUACUAAAUGCUUGCUUGAGGAGGAUGCCAUCAUGACCAAGUUGCAGGUCUGGAAAGUUGCUUCUGUAAUGUUGCCACUUGUUAAUGGAGACAUUGGAAGGAUGUUUUUACUACAUCGUUGGAGCAUGUUCGAAGAAGAUCUGAUUCUAACCUUAGCCAAGCCCAAUCUGCACUUAUAUCACAAAAUCUAUUAUCAAUUUAUUUCUGUCUUUCAUUCUCUUCUUGUGUCUCUCAAUGGAGGCAUGAUGGCUCAGUGGUCCCAGGUUUGAAAUCAAGUUGAUGCUAGUGCCCUUGGGUAAGGCAUAGUCCUCAUUACCAAGUCCCUCGGAGAGGACUUAUUAGUCUCUUGGUUGCUUGUAAGUACAAGCACAUACAUGCCUUCUUAGCAGUGAGAUAAAACAAGCAAACAAACGAAACCGAACCUAAACGACCAUCUCUGACAGUGCUACUCUUUCCAGUUAAACUUUGCUCAAGCACUGUUCUUUGUGAAGCUGAGGAACUCGAUAAGAAGGUGAUCCAAUAAUGAAGAGCGCUUCCGUCACAAAGUCCCAAGAUGUAGGUCCUGUGGUAUGCCAUCAAGGAUGUCCACAAAUACCCUACCAGUAGAGGUACAUGUACUCUACCAUUAUUGAUGAUUGAACUGACUUUUGUUAUGAAUUUGAGGUAGAAUUUUAGAUAAAGAGUAGAAAGUCAUGAACCUUUAAAUGUUGAGAUCACUAAUGAUAUAUAUCCUCACAUUGGCAUUUAAGACUUCAUGUUUCAUAUCGUACAUGUAUAUUGCAAUUACUCCAUUUGUUGUGUGCAAAAGGUGUUAAAUACUAAAUGGGUACCGGAAGGAAGGAAUUCCUUGAAUGCUGUGAGCGCUGAAAUCGGCUGCCUAGCAGAGCCGGGCUAAUAGUUGGAGCGCCUUGAGCACCAUGCAUGGUG